AUGCUACCUGCUACCAAGCGGCUCACGCCGCUCCUGGGCCUCCGACAGAUCGCCUUAUUAGCUGCAACCGCUGUGACCAUCUUGCUGCUUCGGGACGACGCAGUGGAGCUGCAGUCGUCAGAUCCGCCAGAGCGCGCCUACGCAGUAACCUUCAACGUAACGGUCGCUGGAGAUGUGGAAGACUUUGACAGCGCCGCGUUCCGUGUUGCCCUGGUUGGCACACUGAGCUUGCAAUCCGUCUUCGACGUGAAUCUCCGCGUGUCCCCAGGGAGCGUUCUGGUGCAGGUGCAAGUCUCAGUGGAGACGAAAGAAGAUGCUGACGCCCUCGCCAGGCCGGACGUCAUCUUGGACACAGAGUACGGACUACGCGACGGAAUCCCAUUCGUCGUCUCCCGUGUUGAAACGUCCAUCCGUUUCUCUGGUGAUGGCAUUGGCGACGGGUUCACCGUCGUGUUUCUCCCCGCGGGGACCGACUCCUGCUUGCCGAACCCCAACAUUGGUGGCGUUGGCGGCGCAGCGCAGGUCUAUGGCAAUUCCAACUCAAGAGACCAGUGGGCCGUGAUCGAGGAUGGCAAGGCACGCUUCACGCUGGGCGAUUGCAGCGACGAGGACGACACGGCACAAGAUGGAAGUGUUGCAAGAAGGAUCUUGUGUGCCAGUAACGCGAUCUACAAGGUCUGCAUCCUGGAUCGGAACUGCACGAACUCUGAGGAAAAUAGCGGCUGCGAGGUCGACGCCAGCUACACAUACACCAACGCAAAAGUGAGCGUCAACGGAUGUGGAUCUUCUCCGUCUCCCGGGUCUGGCGAAUACGAUAUUGACGUCGGUGGAACGGCGCGACGCUUCCGUCUCAACCUGCCGUCAGACUACGACUCGAACCUCCCUCACAAGCUGCUGAUGGUGUGGCACGGACUUGGAGGGACCGCCGAUCAGACCGCUGAUGGCUACUUUGGUCGGGGGCCAUCGUAUCAAGGUCUCUGGGACCAAAGCGAUGGCCGCGCUAUCUUCGUCGCUGGCCAGGGGUUGUCAGCGAACGGCGGUGGCGCCGGCUGGCCCAACAGCGGCGGACGGGACAUCGCCUUUGUGCGUGCCAUGCUCGCAAAGCUCAAGAGCGACUACUGCAUCGACGAGACACGAGUCUUCUCGACGGGCAUAAGCUAUGGUGGCAUCAUGUCCAACACGGUUGGCUGCCAGUUGGGCGAUCAGGUCCGCGCCAUCGCGCCAAUCAUGGGCAACGGGCCCUACUCCUUUUUUGGCGGUGCCGGCUGUACCGGGCAGGUCGCGGCGUGGCUCACGCACGGAAGCGCAGACGCGAUCGUCUCGUACGCCUCCGGGCAAGCCUCUCGUGACCACUGGAAGGAAGCGAACGGCUGCGCAGACACCAGCGUGGUAACUGGCAUCGACGCGUGCGUCGAGUAUAAUGGCUGCGACGAGGGAUACCCGGUUGUGUGGUGCCCGACAAGCCUCGGACACUCGACGCCAGCCUUUGCCCCUUCCUCCAUUUGGGAAUUCUUCGACCGCUUCUGA